GUAUCAGGCUUGGCAAUGCCGUUUGGAUGUGUUACCUUGGGAGAUAAGAAGGAUUAUAACCAGCCAUCUGAGGUGACUGACAGAUAUGACCUGGGACAGGUAAUCAAAACAGAGGAGUUUUGUGAGAUAUUCCGUGCCAAAGAGAAAUCGACAGGCAAGCUUUAUACUUGCAAGAAGUUUCUGAAAAGAGAUGGGCGCAAAGUGCGAAAGGCAGCCAAGAAUGAGAUCAUCAUCCUGAAGAUGGUAAAGCACCCCAACAUUCUACAGCUGGUGGAUGUAUAUGUUACCCGGAAAGAGUAUUUCCUCUUCUUGGAGCUGGCCACUGGUCGAGAGGUAUUUGAUUGGAUCUUGGACCAAGGGUACUACUCUGAGCGUGACACUAGUAAUGUCAUCAGGCAGGUCUUGGAGGCUGUGGCAUACCUGCAUUCACUGAAGAUCGUACACAGGAAUCUCAAGCUAGAAAAUUUAGUAUAUUACAACCGCCUGAAGAAUUCUAAGAUUGUGAUCAGUGACUUUCACCUAGCCAAGUUGGAGAAUGGGCUCAUCAAAGAACCUUGUGGAACUCCUGAAUAUCUAGCGCCUGAAGUGGUGGGGCGCCAACGAUAUGGGCGGCCUGUGGACUGCUGGGCUAUUGGUGUAAUCAUGUAUAUUCUCCUGUCGGGAAACCCACCCUUCUAUGAGGAAAUGGAUGAGGACGAUUAUGAGAAUCAUGACAAGAACCUAUUUCGUAAGAUCUUGGCUGGAGACUAUGAAUUUGAUCCUCCUUAUUGGGAUGAUAUCUCACAGGCAGCUAAGGACCUAGUAGCCCGUCUGAUGGAGGUGGAUCAAGACCAGAGAAUUACAGCAGAAGAAGCUAUUUCUCAUGAAUGGAUUUCUGGCAAUGCAGCUUCAGACAAGAAUAUAAAAGAUGGCGUAUGUGCUCAGAUUGAAAAGAACUUUGCCAGAGCAAAAUGGAAGAAAGCUGUCCGAGUAACCACAAUGAUGAAGAGACUCCGAGCGCCAGAACACACAGAUGCAGCCAAGCCAACCCCUCCCACUGCUGCCACAACAGAUGGUGCUGCUACAACACAGCCCAACAACACCCUGCAGGCUAAACCUGAAGCAGAUAACACAGCUCCAACAAGUGAAGCUGCCCGGGUGGCCACAAUGGUAUCAGCCCCUGCAGAAGAAAACCCAGAGGGAAAAACAUCCACAGCUCCAGCAACUAAAGCAGAAACAUCAACAAUGACAUCAGCAGGUCCAGCGACAUGCAACGGGGAAGGAACCACAGCCCCCAGUGCCACCCCUGAGUCCUGGAAUGAGGAGACUGGCUGAGUCAGAGAGGAGCCAAGCAGGGGCAGGAUUGUACCUCUCGGUGUUGUAUCUCUCUUGUAAAUAAUCACCGGCAUGGUCCCUCCAAUGUCCUGGCUUCCCAAUCAUCCCCUCUGUGUGUGGCUGUCAGUUUGUCUCACUUUGUGUUUCUCCAACAGAGUUUCUAUUUUUUAUGUGACACAAUCCAGAGUGACCCUGAUGGGCUCCAAUAAACAAAUGCUGUGGAGGCCCAAACCAUUGCAUGAAAUUCUCUCGUUUCUCCCCCCCCCCCUUUUGUCCUUUUCUUCUCUUGCUUUCUUUUUCUUUGUGGAUUUUAUUUGUUUUGUAAGUACAACUAUCCUAAAGGUACUUUUAGUUAUUUUAUGCAUUCCUGAGACCACUUUCAAGACUGCCAUCUUCCCAGACAUUCAGUCAGUCAGUCACUCACUCACUAUCCAAUUUCUCGGCUCUUGGGGCAUCACUAGAAGAGGCUGAGGCAAGCAGAUGAAACACAGAAAUCACAUUCUUCAGCUGACCCAUCUGUUGUACCAUAGGGACAUAAUAAAUCAACAGUCCUUACAAAACUCCUAACUUUAAUUAGGUAUUAUGUAAGUUCAUACUACCAUAGUUAUUCAGUAGAAAAAUUCAUUCUCUCUCUCUCUCUCUCUCUCCUUCUCUCUCUCUCCCCCCCUCUCUCUCUCUCUCUCUCUCUCUCUUUCUCUCUCUCAGAAAUCUCUCAGAGAGAGAGAGAGAGAUUUUUAUAGAUUGAUUAUUUGAGUCUUUCCUCUGGACAGAUGAAAGUUUUAAAUAUCACUUAUGAAUAGACCGCGGUAAUGAAGAUGAAAGACAGCUAUGAUUAUUACUUCAGAUUUACUACCUAAGGAGUCAGGAUAAACAAUUAUGUUGCAUGAUAUAGAUUAUGUAAACCUGGAAUACAGAAGUCCAGAUUAUCAGCAAUAGUUGUAUGAACAAGAGCAACUUUAGCAUACCUGUAACAUGUAUUAACGCCAAUUAGCAUUGCAGCAAAGACAGAUGGGUCACAAUUUGACCAAAUUUUACUAAUAAAUUCCAUAGGGGUCCAUCUGAAUGAACAUUUAUGUAAGCUUUUUUUAUACUAUGAAAGAAUCAUAAUGACUUGGAAACAGGCUGGUCAAUGUUAGGUAGAGAGACCAAAUGCAAGUGAGAAUGCAUUGCUAAUAUUGCUCUCUACAUUUAUUGUAUGAAUGAAUAAUUUCUGUAAUCACAAUUUUUUUUGCACCUACCUAAAUUCCUUCAGAAAACUCCCUUUUUAUGACAUUGUAACCCCUUAAUUCGGAGUAGAGUAAGGGCAACUAGAUGGACAUGAAUACGUUCAGUGACACAACUUAAAUAUUUUAUUUGGUGGAAAUAACAGCUUUCUGUGGAACUGAAUUUCAAAAACAAAUGGAUGAUAGUUUGUAGGGCAGAACAUAUAAAAAGAAAAAAAGGGAUCAGGAAGUACAUGUAAUGUUGGUACAAAAGAUUACACUCAUACGUGCUAAUCACAGAGAAAACUCCUAAAGUGCACCAGAUAAACAACUAAUUUGCUAAUAGGUAAUAGUGAUUAAUAUGCUCCUUUUCCUUUUUUUUCUUCAUCCUGAAACAAAAACACUAUAUUCCAAAAAUUAAUAUUCCCGAGACAAAACAAAUAUUGCAAUUGCAUUUGUGUAAUUACUAUUAUUUCCCAUUUACCACAAUAUUCAAAAAUAUUGUGAAUUUCUAUAAAAUAUUACUAAUUUUACACAGAAUUCCUGUCCAUAAACUAAUAUUUUUUUCAGCUGUAAACAAAUGAGUAUGGUAUGGACAUAGCAUCUGUCCAGGAGUCUGACAGCUUCGCCCUAUGUGUAUCAUUAAGUCAUAUUGACAAACACAGAAAUAAGUAUACAAAAUGUAUCCAUUUGAAAAGUCUAAUACAUUUUGUGGUUUUAAUGGGAAAAGCAUGCUGUUUUUCUCAACAGGGAUACUCUGAUAUUCUUGCAAGCAAAACUGCCCUCUUCAAAACAUGACAUUUUUCAGUUUAUCCUUCACCCAAUUCAUAGACAAAGAAGAAACUAGAGUUUUUUAUUAUAUUUAGCAUGUCAAACAUUUGGCAUCCCUGUAUUAUAGAAUCCCAUGUCAUGGAUUUGUUCCUCCCUGGCAGAAGGAUCUAACAUUUGUAAGAUAACUUUUAACGUUAUAAGAAAUUGCAAGUGUAUGAUAUGAUUUCCCCCUUAAAAGUCUUCUCCUAAUUUUUGAUACAUGGGUAGCUUGCAGGCCUGUUUGGCAAUACAUGGAACGCCUGAUUCAGCCCUGAGCAUAGAACCAGCAUCCUGUACCAUCAUUGCUUCUGCUAAUUCCAGAUGUUUGUUGAGGUCAGUCACAGAAAACUGCCUCAAGGUUUUUAUGCACAUUUACCUCUGGAGAUGGGCCCCACAUGGAUUGUUUUGAUAUCAAGAUUUAUUUGUUUGUGUGUUUGUUUUUCAGGAGAGGGGUUCUGGGUGAUGUACAAUGUAAUCAAUAAAACAUUACAAUCAGAAUAAGUUAGGAUUAAAAGUUUUAAAAUGAUAAAACAGACAAUUUUCAGAAGUUGAAGAAUUCCAAGAUAGUGAUUAGCAGCUGUUCAUACAGCCAGGGUGGUGGUGUUUCUAAUGGGACCAGCCAGUCCCAUUAUUGUUUGGGCCUCUAUAUCCCCCUCACAAGGCUACACAGCCAAGUUUUGACCCUUUUGAGGAAGGUCAGUGUUCUCCAUCUACAGCUCGCCAACUCACUGCAGCCUAUUCGCCAUGGCCAACUUACCAUAGGACAAUUUGCCACAGGACAAGUCACUAUGGGACAAUUCAACAAUUCAAUAUAAUUAUUUAAAAUAGUUUAAAAAUUAUUUUAAUUUUUGUCAUUCACAUU